AUUCCUUCCCAGACGUUGCGCGUAUGUGUAAACCCAAUUUUCAAACACAUUGAUAUCAACCACCAACAUGACUAACACGAUAGAUGUCAUAUCCAGUAUCUUCCAACACAAUGACACAUUCAUAAUUAAAAUAUGUUGCAUAUUUCAAGUGCCUGCACAAUUUGGCCCCCAGCGACGCAUGAGCCCAUCGAGAUUUGGCUUGCUCUAUAAAUUAGGGAAGUAGGUACCUAGGUAGUUCCCCACCAAGCUAGCUAGCUGUUAGUGUUAAAUGUGCGGCUCAAGCUCUUCCAGGCAAGCUCCUGACGUCAAUCCUAGGACAGUUUUUUAAAGACUCGAAAAAACCACUGCAUUGAAGCCUCCAUUUUUAUCAAACCAGGAACCGACCUUCGUCGGGGAUACCAGCGAAUUGUCACACAUCGACCAACCAGCCCAGACAAACCCCCCCCGGCCCAACCAAAAAGAAAUGACCUCCCGGUUCUCAGCCGCGCGCCCCAAGCGGACCGGGGAGACCUUUGCGCGGGCGCGCCACGGCGAGUCCGACCCGCGCGACGGCCCGUCGUCGGUCAAGAAGGUCAAGUUCGACGUGCGCAACCCCUCGGCGCUGGCCCCUGACUCGGGCGGGGGCGGCGGGGGCGGCGGCGACGACGACUACGAGUACGACGAGGCGGACGAGCAGGUCCUCGCCGCCGACGUGAUCCGCAGCUCCGCGGGGGCCACGAAGCGCGGCGCCGUCAACAUCGACGGGUACGACUCGGACUCGGACAACGAGAACUUCAACGCCCGGGCCGAGGCCCGGGAGGGGAGGAUGAAGAAGAAGAAGGGCAAGGGCAAGCGGGGGAAGGCGUCUGGCGCGGCGGAGGACGACGUGGACCUCGCGGACCAGCUGGACAAUUACAAUGCGAGUCUCGCGUCUGGUGGCGCUGCGGCUAACGACGUGGAGGAGGAGGACGACGAGGAGAUUGACAUGUUCGGCGUCGCGGAUGACGAUGCGGCGGAGGGCGAUGCUGACGAGGAGGCCGCCGGGCGAGGCAAGGCUGGGAGGAAAGGCAAGGAAGUGCGCUUCCUUAAAAAUGAGAACAUAGAGGGUCAGGAGCAGACGAGCAAGAGCGGCGGCACCGUGCGGCUGGAUGAUGGCACGAGCAGCGAUGACGAUGAGGAAGUCGAGCUCGCCAUACAAGAACAGGGUAUCGAUGAAGAGGUCGGGCUCGGCGGCCUGAAGAAAAAUGCGCCAAAGAUCGACGCCUUCAACAUGAGGCAGGAACAGGAAGAAGGCGCCUUUGACGAGGCGGGCAACUUUAUCCGGAAGGCGACUGACCCGGACGCUAUCCACGACCGGUGGCUGGAGGGAGUCAGCAAGAAGGAGAUAAAGAGGGCUGCCGAGGCGCAUGAGAAGCGGGAGGCGGAGCGGAGACAGCAACGAAGGGAGGAUGACAGCAUCUUGACGUCCGAUCUGUUCAAGGCACUGAUCUUGCGCCUGGAGAAGGGCGAGACCUCCUUGGAAGCCCUUGCUAGGCUGGGCAAGAACAAGGCAAAACCAAAGGUCCGUAAAUGGAAGCAGAAGAAGCAGAAGAAUGGCCCGGAGAAGAUGGAUGUCGACACUGAGGUGGCGGAGGACCCGAAGCAGACCAAGAUCAGGGAAGCCAUCGAUACCAUCACGGAAGCAGCCGAUCGGCUCUUGAGGAGAGACUACCCGGACAUCUAUGACACCGAGAGGGAGAGGCUGGCUCGGGAGUACCGAAAUGAAACAGGAGAGGAUUGGGUAGAUCCCCCAAAGCAGGAAGAGGAAGAGGACGGCUCGGGUGCACCUCCCACCAAGAUGUGGGAGUAUCGCUGGAUCGACGGCAGAGACGGCGCCGCGAGCCAAGGGCCCUUUGAUGGCCCCACUAUGAAGGCAUGGCAGGAUGCCGGCUACUUUGGCGAAGGCGUCGAAUUCCGACCCGCAGGACAGGAGGGUGGAUGGGACCCAGUGGGACGCUUUGUGUAACAGUUGGAAAUGUAAUAUAACCCGGGCAACUUAUACCUGGCAAGCUCGAGUACAUGGGAAAACAACGCCAGCUCUCGUUUUAAAGACCACCUACGCCCG